AGACUUUGGACGACGCGGAUUCGGGGGCUUUGGCUUAAUCGCUCCCUCUCCCAUUUUUUCUUGUUGGUGGCGAAGGAGCUGUUUGAAUGCUACAAGCUGCUGCGAAGGCGUUUUGUUCUCUGCUGCUGAUCCUGCCUCCUCAAAGCCGAAGCGCGGGCGGCAGGCAGGCGGCCACACAGCUCUCAGUUGCCGCAGGAAAGGGCUUUUCUUAGUCGGCGUGCGAAGGGGCGCACUUUGAAAACUAAAGAAUGGCUGGAUUUCCCUGGGAAGGCAAGCGGAGUGGAUUUAAAGUCCUAGUGGCGACGCUUUCCGUGGCCUUGGUUUAUUCCUAUAACAUCGAUCUGGAUCAUCCCGUGAUUUAUCAAGGACCCAAUAACUCUUUCUUCGGAUACUCGGUGCUGGAGCAUUACUACGACAAUACCCGAUGGGUCUUGGUUGGAGCCCCAAAGGCAGAUUCUAAGUACAGUGCUUCUCUUAAGUCCCCAGGAGCUGUAUUCAAAUGUCGGGUUCACACUAACCCUGAUAGGAGGUGCACAGAACUGGAUAUGGGUCGAGCUAAUGUUCGAGGAACGUUCUGUGGAAAGACAUGUAAAGAAGAUAGAGAUGAUGAAUGGAUGGGUGUCAGUCUGGCAAGACAGCCAAUGGUUGGAGGAAGUAUAUUGGCCUGUGCCCAUCGUUGGAAAAAUGUCUACUAUGAAACUGAGUACAUCCUUCCUCAUGGUUUUUGCAAUAUCAUCCCUCCCAACCUUGGGUUGAAUGGUAAAAAAUUAAUGCCUUGCUAUGAAGAAUAUAAGAAAAAAUAUGGUGAAGAGCAUGGCUCAUGUCAGGCUGGAAUAGCAGGUUUCUUCACAGAGGAGUUGGUUAUCAUGGGAGCUCCAGGGUCUUACUAUUGGACAGGAACGAUCAAAGUAUUGAAUCUCACUGAUAAUACAUAUUUCAAAUUGAAAGAUGAAUCUGUGAUAGCCAAGCGUUACAUAUAUCUAGGAUAUGCAGUGGCAGCAGGUCACUUCUCUCAGCUGAUGACCAUGGACGUCGUUGGAGGAGCUCCCCAGGAUGGAGGCGUUGGAAAGGUGUACAUAUUCCGCACAGAUAAGAAUUCUGGCUCUUUGAUCAAAAUUUUUCAGGCUUCUGGUAAAAAGAUGGGCUCUUACUUUGGCUCCUCCUUAUGUGCAGUUGAUCUGAAUUCUGAUGGACUUUCAGACCUGCUGGUGGGAGCACCCAUGUUUUCUGAGAUUCGGGAUGAAGGUCAAGUCACCGUUUUCCUCAGCAGAGGAAAUGGAGUUAUGGAAGAGCAAUGUGUUCUGAAUGGAGAUAACGUUUACAAUGCACACUUUGGGGAAAGCAUGGCAUCCCUUGGGAACAUUGAUGAUGAUGGAUUUCCAGAUGUUGCCAUUGGUGCUCCUAAAGAAGAUGACUAUGCAGGAGCAGUAUAUAUUUAUCAUGGAUACAUUGGGGGCAUCAUUCCUCGAUAUUCCAUGAGGAUAUCUGGAAGGAAAUUAAAUCCCUGGUUGCAAAUGUUUGGCCAGUCCAUUUCUGGAGGAGUUGAUAUGGAUGGAAAUGAUUAUCCAGAUGUGACAAUUGGUGCCUUUAUGUCAAACAAUGUAGUUCUUCUAAGCGCAAGCCGGGGCACUCUGGAUCUGUAUGCCAUGGACAGCCUCCCUCAUGAGAUUUAUGGCUUCUCUCAGGAGCUGGUUGGACUGGCUUGGGGCUUCUCCCAGUUUGUCAUUGUCAUAGAGGUUUUCCAACUGAUGCUUCUAGCUCGGCCAGUGGCUCCCACAAAUGAGGAUUUGAAUUAUAAUUUGACAUCUGAUGUGGCAAAGAAAGAAAAAGGAUACCCAAUCAGGGUUUACUUCAUCUCUUCUGGAGAAGCAACGGGCCAGAUCACAGAACAAGUGCAGCUUUCCUAUAUGCAGAAACAAUGCACAAACUACUUAGCUUUUGUAAAGAGAAGAGUCAAAGAUGUGAUAUCACCAAUUGUCUUUGAAGUUACAUAUAGCCUUGGGGAACAUAUUGUGGAAAAGGAGGAAAAAGAAUUACCUGCGCUCAAGCCUGUACUCCGAUGGAAAGGAGGCCAGAAAAUUUCACAGAAAAACCAGACUAUUUUUGAAAGAAAUUGUCAGUCAGAUGACUGUGCGGCUGACCUGAAACUCCAGUGUAAACUCUUCCUAUCUAGUGUUGAUAACAGGGCUCCUUAUCUGGCUUUGGGAGCUGUGAAGAACAUCUCGCUGAACGUCACCAUUGCUAACAUUGGGGAUGAUGCUUAUGACACAAACAUCGCUUUCAACUUUUCCAGAGAGCUUUUCUUUAUCAAAAUGUGGCAAAAGGAUGAGAUGGGUAUUGCUUGUGAAGUGCUGGAACAGGACUCAGACUUCCUUAAGUGCAGUGUGGGCUUUCCCUUCAUGAAAUCUAAAUCCAAGUAUGAAUUCAGUGUUAUUUUUGACACAAGCCAUUUGUCCGGGGAAGAAGAAAUUCUUUCAUUCCUUGUAUCUGCUCAGAGUGGGAACAUGGAACACAAUCUUCAGGACAAUUCUGUCAUGUUGACAGUUCCCCUGAUGCAUGAGGUGGAUUCAUCCAUCACUGGAACAGUGUCCCCUAGUUCUUUUAUUUAUGGCGAAUCAGUGGCGGCAUCUCAGUUUACAAAGCUGGAAGAUUUUGAAUGUCAUUUUCAGGACUUAAAUUUUACUCUUCAGGUCUAUAAUGCUGGGCCAAGUACCCUUCCAGGAUCUUUCGUUGACAUUUCAAUUCCCAAUCGUCUCUCAACUAAUGGAGAUGAUAUGUUUCAUAUUCGACAGAUGAUGGUUGCUCAGGACAAAGGGAACUGCUCUUUUCAGAAUAACUCAACACCAUGUGUCAUUCCUCAGGAAAAGGAGAACAUUUUUCACACAAUAUUUGCCUUUUUUACCAAGUCUGGGAGGAAAGUGCUGGACUGUGAAAGACCAGGCUGCUUAAUUAUAAGGUGUAAUUUAAGUUCGCUAGCAAAAGCUGAAUCGCGUAGCAUAGAUGUGCAAAUGCUUUUGAAUACAGAGAUAUUAAAGAAGGAUACCUCAUCAGUGAUUCAGUUUGUAACACGAGCAAAAGUGAGAGUGGACCCAAGCAACCGGGCAAUUGAAGUACCUAAUGUGAAUUCUGAACAUGCAACAGUAAGUGGAAGAAUCUAAAGAAGAAGAAUCGUUUGUUUUAAUUUAAUGCAUUAAUGAAGUGUAUUAAAUGAUCCAGCAUUUAGCAAGGAAUUU